AUCCUUAGCCAAAGACAAGUAGCUUCCGGUCCUCCUUUCUUUCUCCACAUGUAAGAUGGAAGAGAUCGAGACGUGGUGUCUGAGCCCGCUGUCCCACUUUUCUCCUCCAAGCUACUAUUUAAAGAAGCAGCGGGCUCUGCGGCUGAGCACGUGCAGUAAGAGCCGGGCGCGCUGCCAGGGUCGGCCUGCGCGUACACACACGGGUCUCACCUUCUUCUGCCAGGCGGCGCGCCUCAGCGGCCUCUCCAGUACCCAGCUUGCGCGCUCCCUGCACACACUGUACAGAACGGGUGGGCGCAGCCCCUACGCUCAGAUUCCCAACCUAACCGGGCGCCAGCGACCAGAACGCAGGAUCUCGAACCGAGCCCCGGGCCCCGACGUUCGCUUCCCCAAGCCCCAUCAGCCAGGCCGCCCCAAGCUCCCUCCCAACCUGGGACCACUCAGCAAAGGUCCCCUCCGUCCUCCCGCCGGGCUAGCGAGCCAGCCGCUGGAGCAAAUGCGCCCCUCGAAGCUGGCUCCCUCUCCGCCAACUCUAGUGCAGAAGCACCCCUCCUACCCUUCGCCAGCCUGUUUCCAGAGAUGUGCUAUGAAGAGCUUGUACAAAUAAAGAGUUUGC